AUGGCGGAUGGGCCGGGUUUGCAAGAUGCGAAUCUGAUCAUUCGAGCAGAGAUGGUGCUCUCGACGAGCAACCUUUUCAACUCUGCGCCCGAAAUGUUGCACGUCGGCGGAGCGCGGACGGCUCUCUUCAACUGGCUCUUUGCUAAGUCCCAGGGCGGCGAGCUGAUCCUCCGAGUCGAGGACACGGAUGUCGCCAGAUCGACGAAGGAGUCCGAAGAUGCGAUCCUGGAGGGCCUGAAAUGGUGCGGUAUCUCCUGGGAUGAGGGCCCGGAUGUGGGUGGCGAACACGGGCCAUAUCGGCAAUCCGAGCGCAUUAAGGCUGGCAUCUACGAGAAGCAGCUGGAAAAGCUCAUGGCAGAAGGUCAUGCCUACAGAUGUUUCCUGACACCAGAGGAGCUUGAUGAGAUGCGAGCCGAAGCUGAAAGAAACGAGCAGGCCUUCGUGGUGCAGAGCCCCUGGGCAAAUGCGUCUGAAGAGGAAGUGCAGGCCAUGAUCGACGAGGGCAAACCCUACGUGUACAGAUUCCGAGUCCCUUUUGACAGGGAAAUCGUGGUAGAUGAUCUGGUGCUUGGUGAGGUCAUCUGGAACUCUGACGAUCUCGGCGGCGACUUCGUCAUUGUCCGUCAGAACGGAAUGCCCAUGUACAAUUUUGGCGUCGUCACCGACGAUGCUUCCAUGGGCAUCACCCACGUGUUGAGAGCCCAGGAGCACCUGAUGAACACGCCACGGCAGAUUUUGAUGUACGAAGCUCUGGGCCUCAAGGUGCCCACCUUUGGUCACAUGCCGUUGAUCCUGGCGCCGGACCGCACCAAGCUGUCGAAGCGACACGGCGCCGUUUCAGUCGGCGAGUAUCAGAAGCGAGGAUACCUACCUUCUGGCCUGGUGAAUUAUCUGGCUCAGCUGGGAUGGAACGACGGGACCAAGCAGGAGAUCUACACGAUCGAGGAGCUGCUCGAGGCCUUCAAGAUGGAGCGCAUGAGCAAGGUAGCAGCCAUCUUUGACACGGACAAGUUCAAGUGGGUGAACGGCCAUCAUGUGCGGCGGCUGAGCGACGAGGAGGCCUUGGAGCAGAUAGGAGCCCGAUUGAAGGACCAGGGCCUCGUGAAAGAGGUCUCCGGCGACUUCGUGAAAAAGGCCUCGCAGUUGCUCAGAGACCGAAUUAGCACCCUCGAAGAUGCCGUCGAGGAGCUGACUGCCAUGCUCGAGUUUGAUCUGGAGGGAAUGAUGGCGAAGGAGGUGGCUAAGCCGUACAUAGAGGACGGCUCGCUCAAUGAGACCGCGCGGCUGCUCUUGAAAGCGAAGGAGCAGGGCGACUUUGAUGACAUUGGGAAGGAUCCACAGGUGAUGAAGAAGAUUGCAAAGCAGAUCAGCGAGGCUCGUGGAGGUGUGAAGAAGAAAGCCCUCCUUGUCCCUCUUCGGCUGUGCCUGACCUCCUCGGCUCAAGGUCCGGACAUGAGUGUCUUCUUCGAGAUGCUGCAGGAAGUUGAUGACAACGUGCUCUGCAAGUGUGUCUCCUUGGAUGAGCGGCUUGACAUGCUGAAAGAGAAGCCGUGGCCCCAGACUUUCGAUGCAAGGACAGGACUUGCCGAGGCUUUCUGA